AUGUCUGCAGGCGGAGUGCGGAGCAGCGAUCCCACUGAUGAGAAAACGACACACCAUCCCGAGCAGCCAAUGGAUGCUGCAGAUCUAUCUUCCACCCAAAAGUUGGAAGAGAAGGGAGGCCCUGUUUCAGAAGAGGCUUCUGAGGCACCGUACACUAUUUUCUCUGCCCGUGAAAAAGCCUCGAUCAUUGUUCUCGUCUCGUUCCUGGCCAUUAUAUCUCCCCUAUCUGGCUCAGUGUAUCUUCCAGCCCUCACCUCGAUUGCGGAUUCACUGCAAGUAUCUAUUUCACUUGUCAACCUGACGAUAACAACUUAUCUGAUCUUUCAGGGCAUUGCGCCGUCCUUCAUUGGCAAUUUCUCCGAUUCCUACGGUCGUCGUCCCGCAUAUGUAAUAUGCUGUGUCAUUUAUCUCGCUGCCAACAUCGGUCUGGCGUUGCAGAAUAGCUACGCAGCACUACUUGUCCUUCGAUGCGUCCAAAGCUGCGGUAGUAGCGCCACAAUCGCCCUGGGCAGCGCUACAGCCGCCGACAUGGUGACCCGGGCAGAACGAGGAAAAUAUCUUGGGUACGCUGCCAUGGGCGUCACCCUUGGACCUACUCUGGGGCCCGUUAUUGGCGGACUGCUUGACCACUAUCUCGGGUGGCGCUCGAUCUUUUGGUUCCUGACGAUUCUCUCCGGGGUGUUGUUCCUGUUGGUUUUUGCCAUCUUGCCCGAGACCUGCAGAAGUGUCGUCGGAAAUGGGAGUGUCCCUCCGCCGUGGUGGAAUAUGUCUUUGGUUGGGUUUCUGAAGCAACGUCGGAGCAAAGGUCAAGAUGGCACAAGGCUGACUUCUGCGACGGAAAAGCCAAAACGAAAGCGGCCCAAUCCUUUUGCCUCUCUAAUAAUGUUCGGGGAUAAGACAACCGGGACCUUGCUUGGAUUUGGCGCAAUUAUGUACGGGGGUUUCUAUAUUGUGCUCACAACCUUUUCAACUGAGCUGUCAGCCCGCUUUGGCUACUCGUCGGUCAUUGUCGGCUUGUGUUUUCUACCUCUAGGCCUCGGUAGUAUCUGCUACCGGUACACGGGGGGUUAUUUGAUGGACUGGAACUUCCGGCGUCAUAUGAAAAAGGCAGGACUGGAAUGGGACAACAAGUAUCAGCAAGAUCUGAACUCCCUCCCCAUUGAAAGGAUUCGCCUGGAGGUCACAUUGCCCUUGACAUACGUCGCUUGCGCAAUGCUGAUAGUAUACGGAUGGGUUAUGGAUAAACAGCUUUCUCUGGCUGGCAUCGAAGUCUCACUAUUCUUUCUGGCUGUAUCUUUCUCCGGGGCACUGAACAAUCUGAAUACUCUGAUUGUGGAUUUGCACGCCGAGUCGCCUGCAACCGCAGUCGCGGCAAACAACCUUGCGCGUUGCCUCACGGGUGCGGGAGCUGCUGCGAUCGGGACGCCAAUGAUUGACCGCUUGAGUAUCGGAUGGACUUCAGUAUUUGUCUCGGGUGUUUGGGCGGCCGGGACACUGCUUCUGUGGUUGGUGCUAGCCAGAGGGCAGAGCUGGAGGAGUGCAAAGGCGGCGGAAAAGGAGAGUGGGAAUAGCAACUGA